GAUUUUCACCACGCACGCUCUCCCAAUGAUUCGUCACUGUCGGAUCUCUCUUAUCAGCACCACAAGAUCGGACAGCAGCAUGGACAGCUUCAUUUCAGCACCAUCACGACCAUGAGACUUUUGCGUGUCCUGAGUUUAACCCUUUUGCUCUGCGUCCUGUGCGUGAGGGCAGAAGAAGAAAAGGUUGAGGAAAAUGUUGAGGAGAAAGAACAGGACAGCUCUGAAAAGGAAACAGAACCAGAGAAACCAGAAAAGACAGAAGAAAUAACAGAGGAGAAAGACGUCCUGGUCUUACAUAGCGUCAAUUUUGAUAGAGCAUUGAGUGAAAACAAAUACCUGCUUGUGGAGUUUUAUGCCCCGUGGUGCGGUCACUGCCGUUCUCUGGAGCCCAUCUAUGCAGAAGUGGCUGAAAUACUCAAGACAGAGUCUUCAGCUGUACGACUGGCCAAAGUGGAUGCGACAGAAGAAAGGGAACUUGCCAAUGAGUUCAACGUUAACAGUUUUCCAACACUUAAAUUCCUCAAAGAUGGCAAUAGGCAAAACGCAACAGACUUUAAUGGAAAGCGAACUGUUAAGGGUAUCAGGAGCUGGCUGGAGCGCCAUAUCGGACCCAGUGCAACUGUCCUCAAUGAUAUAAAGAGUGCAGAGGAGCUGCUGGACUCAAAUGAUGUGGUGGUGGUUGGAUUCUUUCAGGAUUUGGAAGGGGAGGAAGCAAAAACAUUUUAUGAUGUAUCUUUAACGGUAGUGGACGUCAACUUUGGCAUCACAAGCGAUCCAGAGCUCUUCAAGAAGUAUGACGUAAAUGGCGAUUCAGUUGUGAUCUUCAAGAAGUUUGAUGAUAAGCGUGCAGACAUGUCGCUUUCCAAGGAUGACAAGCUAGUCAAAGAUGACCUGAUUUCCUUCAUCCAAUCCAACCGUGCGGAGCUUGUCAUUACAUUUAAUGAAGAGAAUGCUGAACAAAUUUUCGGCUCUAAGAUCCACAAACACUACCUUCUAUUUAUCAAUUCAACUGUGGAAUCCCAGAAAGCACUGCUGGAGGAUUUUAGAGCCAUUGCCAGCGAGUUUAAGGACAACGUGCUUUUCAUCAAGAUUGAUAUUUCAUCAGACAAAGUUGAUCAUGUGCUGAAAUACUUCAGUCUUUCUGAAAACGAUGUUCCUGCCGUUCGCCUGAUCAACACUGACACAGUGAUGAAAUAUGCAAUGGAUGAACCAGCCAUCAACAAAGACACAUUAAGAGCAUUUUGCCAGGGAGUGCUGGAUGGUACAGUACCGCCCCAUUUGAAGAGUCAAGAAAUUCCAGAAGACUGGGACAAGAAUCCAGUUAAAGUCCUUGUAGGAAAAAACUUUGCUGAAGUGGCUUUUGAUGAAACUAAAAACGUCUUUGUGGAAUUUUACGCACCAUGGUGUGGCCACUGUAAGGAGCUUGCACCCAUCUGGGAUAAGUUGGGUGAAAAGUACAAAGACCAUGAGAACAUAAUAAUUGCUAAAAUGGAUGCCAUAGAAAAUGAGGUAGAGGAUGUUUCAGUAAAGGGAUUUCCCACUAUUAAAUACUUUCCUGCUGUGGCUGAAAAGAAGAUUGUUGACUAUAACGGACAGAGGGACUUGGAGACUUUUUCAAAAUUCCUGGAUAAUGGAGGUGUGUUACCAGAAGAAGAGGAUGAAGAAGAUGAUGAUGAAGAUGAUGAAGAAGAUGAUGUGACAGAUGAAUCAGCUGAAAAAUCUACCAAUGAUGCCAGCAAGGAUGAGCUGUAAAACAAGACAGAGAUCAACUGAUACAUGCUAUAAUGGUUCAGUGUGAGAUGUGUGCAACAUGAGCCAACAAGUGUUUUAUCACAAUGUCAUUUCCUCUGGACUCGACUGAAUUUAAUAAAAUAUAAUUUAAUAACUUU